UUUGCCCCGCCCCAAUCCGGCUAGUGAAGGUGGCGGCGCGCCUCGGGGGCGCGGGGGAGACGCGAGCGAGAUCAGGUGCGGGCGGCGGAGGGGCGCCCUGGGCUCGGUGCUGGGGCCCCGCUGAGCGCGCCGCCGCGGCAGGGAUCCAGGGCCGGCGGAGGCCGCCCCGGGAAUGCUCUCGCUCCACCUCAACAUGGCUGCGGCCUUGCGAACUGCGGGCGCUCUGCUCCGCGAUCGAAUGGUGCCUGGCAGCUCAAGGGCCCGACAGCCAUGGAGGUGCCAAUCAGAUGCAGCAGCCGCAGCAGUAGCCACCACAGAAAAAGCCCAAAGUGCCAGAAGCCCAAAACCUCAAGUUCAACCGGGGAAGAGGAAGCCGAAGACUGGGAUACUGAUGCUAAACAUGGGGGGCCCUGAAACCCUCGGAGACGUUCACGACUUCCUCCUGAGGCUCUUCUUGGACCGAGACCUGAUGACACUUCCUGUUCAAAAUAGGCUGGCACCAAUCAUCGCCAAACGUCGAACCCCCAAAAUCCAGGAGCAGUACCGCAGGAUUGGCGGCGGAUCCCCCAUCAAGAUGUGGACUUCCAAGCAAGGAGAAGGCAUGGUGAAGCUGCUGGACAAGAUGUCCCCACACACAGCCCCUCACAAAUACUAUAUUGGAUUCCGGUACGUCCACCCUUUAACAGAAGAAGCAAUUGAAGAGAUGGAGAGAGAUGGGCUUGAAAGGGCUAUUGCUUUCACGCAGUACCCACAGUACAGCUGCUCUACCACAGGGAGCAGCUUGAACGCCAUUUACAGAUACUAUAAUGAAGUGGGGAAGAAGCCCAUGAUGAAGUGGAGCACAAUUGACAGGUGGCCCACGCAUCCCCUCCUCAUUCAGUGCUUCGCAGACCACAUUCGGAAAGAGCUGGACUGUUUUCCACCCGAGAAGAGGAGCGAGGUGGUCAUUCUUUUUUCUGCCCACUCACUGCCAAUGUCUGUGGUCAACAGAGGGGACCCCUAUCCUCAGGAGGUGGGCGCCACUGUCCAGAAAGUCAUGGAGAAGCUGGGUCACUCCAACCCCUACCGGCUGGUUUGGCAGUCCAAGGUGGGUGGCUUCCGCACGUUGCGGGCAGUCGGCUCUUUCGAGGACACCUAUUUUAGGACUUAUCGAGUACUCUCAGUUCUAGCUAACGAGUGUGGAGUUGAAAACAUCAGAAGAUCCGAGUCUCUUAAUGGAAAUCCAUUGUUCUCUGAGGCCCUGGCCGAUUUGGUGCACUCACACAUCCAAUCAAACGAGCUGUGCUCCAAGCAGCUGGUUCUGAGCUGCCCACUCUGCGUAAAUCCUGUCUGCAGGGAGACUAAAUCCUUCUUCACCAACCAGCAGCUGUGACACCCGCCAGAGGACCCCGUGGGAUUAGGCAGAUGCCAACCUGCAGAUACCUCCGACUCGGAGGACGCAUUUAGAGCCUGAGGAAGGAGGUCACAUUAGGGCACGUGCAGCCUUUGGGCACACAUCGUGUGAUUUCUUGAGGAACGACUCUGAAAUCCUGAUUGAGGGUUUUGUACUUUACAUGCCAAUGUAGUAAACAUGUAUUAGUAAACAAAAGUUUCUCAUUUGAAAUGGCCACUAUGCUAUUUAAACACUGAAUUUUAAAAAUGUAUCUUAUGAGAGGCAAACAUAUUUUAAAUAUAGAUUUUGGUUUUAUUGCCCAAAAAAAACCUGCAAGGGGACGGAGGGUCCCGGCUGUGGGCUGUCAGUGUGAAUGAGGUCUGCUUACAGGUCUCAUGCAUAUAGUUGUUUUGUUUGUUUUUAAGUGGACAUAGUUGAGCAAAUGCAAUAUAAUUUGAAAAAGAAAUGUUACCUAAUCUUUCCUAGGCCCCUGGGUUACAGAAUGCUGGUGAGGCUGGUGAGGGCCGCUUUUGCCAGUGCUGUGACCUUUCAUGGUCAUUUGGUUCUAGUGUGUGAACCUCUCUUUCCUCACCAUCAAACCAAAUCAAGGCAGAUUCCAAAAGUGCUCUGAGAUUCCGAGGCGCACAAGACUGAUAAGCGUGUGAAAAUCCAGCCUCUGUCAUUGGUGGCUGGAGGGGAUCUGUGCACGGGAACGGGGCUCCCACUGCCUCUUGUCUCUGAGGACUCGAAGCCGGGGAAUGCUGAUGAUGCCAUUCACUGUUCAAGCUCCUCCCAGGACCCGUGGACCUUUCCCUCAACCAUUUUCUUUAUCUUGGUUGACUGUGUCCUUUCUGCACAUUGUUUGAAGAAUUAUUUUUAUAAAGUUAACUGUGUUUUGUAACGUUGAAUUUUCUUAAUUUACGAUUUUAAUUACAAAAUUAUAUUACAUGCAAUUGGAAAUUUGAAAAGUAGAGAAAAGAAAAAUAACCAUUCUAAUGCAACAGCUAGUACAUCAUAUUAUCUUUCAUGUCAUUCUUUUCCUGUGGGUGUUUUUAAUGCUAUUGUCACCUUGAAUUUUGAGUGAAAAGUUCUAAAAAUGUAGAAAUAAUAUAGGAUCAGAGUCUGAUCUUCUGUACUUGGAUUUUAAUGGAUUAAAAGUCUCUGAUAGAUCCAUAA